AUUGUUCCAAACAAGAACUUUCCACUAUGGUGAGCUAAAUGUGGGAUACUUCUCUCAUUCAAAGAAAUAUUUAAGUGAGAUUAUCCUUUUGUAAGCGAACCUUAUGAUGUAUUCCCUUCAUUUUUUUUUUAUCUGCACACUUUCUUUUUUAGUUCGUUUUUUUAAAUCUACAAACUGUUGCUUUUUCUAUUUUUAGUAACAUAUUAUCUAUUUUCUCCUUUUCUACCUAUGCCAUUCACUUUUUAAUAUUCUGAUCUCAUUUUUUUGUUUCUCUCUCUUACUUUUUAGUUUUUCUUUCCACCUUUUUAGUUUCUUUCUUCAUUUUUUCAAUUUCUCUCUCAUACUUUUGUACUUUUUCUUUAGUUCUUCUCUAAAGUGAAGUGAGUAAAUUAAAAUGAAACAGAGGGAGUAAUAUAUUUUCUCUCACCCAAAAUAAGAUUUUUGUUUCAGUUUUGAUAGUCCUUAUGAGUGAAGAGGGAAUUCGAAUCAUUUUUCUAAUUUUGUUCUUCUAAAAUACAUGUACUUUUUUACAUCCUCCAAAAAAGUAUUUUUUAAAUUUGAAGAGUAUGUGAUAGUCUAGUGAUUUUAACAAAAUCUUCGAUUUUAAAAGUUCUAGAAUCGAGCUUUAUUCCUUAUAAGAGGAAUCUCCAAUCCUCCACAUCCUCAUUACAGCCUAUAUAGGGACUUCAUAAUAUUACUACUUGCAAGAUAAGAGUUGUGAAAGUAACCGUUUCAGUAAUUUUCAACAAAUGAAUGGUCAAAGUCACAAUAGAUUAAUGAAAUGAAAAAAUAGCUAAUUCUGGAAACUUCCAGGAAGAAGAAAGAGAGAACAAGGCAACCCUAAGACAACUAUGUAAUACAACUACUAAUUCUACUUCAGGAAAAACAAAAUAUCAUUUCAGACAAAGACAUCCAUCCACUAAAAAAAAAAAAAAAACGAAGGCGGCUAAAUACUCCUUUACUAUCAAAAUGUCAACCUCCGAAAUUCAACCUCAAGAUAUUAUUACCACUACUAACAAUGAACAAAUCCAACCUUUCACAUCUCAACAUAUUACCAACUCCUCCUCCGACGUCGGAAACCCAGAUUUCCGGCGACAUUACGUCAAAUCCCUCAAGAAUGACGUCAUAAUCCGGCAACUUCCGUCAGAAGGACUCUCCUUCCAACUAUGGCCAGCCGCCACAACUCUAUUCUCUCUCCUCGACUCCCACAAAAUUGACUCAAUCAUCUCUCAUCAUUACAAGUUCAACCACCGUCUUCGUAUCCUCGAGCUCGGUUCAGGUACAGGUUUAGUAGGAAUAGCAGCGGCAGCAAUUCUCGGCGCUGACGUCACUGUGACGGACCUUGCUCACGUCAUCCCUAACCUGAAGUUCAACGUGUCAGCUAACGCGCAAAUUGUGGGCGGUGGUGGUGGGACAGUUGUUACGGCGGAGUUAAGUUGGGGAAAUGUGGAGCAAAUGGAAGUUGUUGGGAAAGAGUAUGAUGUUAUAAUGGGUUCAGAUGUAGUUUAUCAUGAUCAUCUUUAUGAACCAUUGAUAAAUACGUUGAAAUAUUUACUUGUGGGAGGAGAGAGAAAGAGAAUGUUUUUAAUGGCUCAUCUUAAGAGGUGGAAGAAAGAAGCGGUGUUCUUUAAGAAGGCUAAGAAGUUUUUUGAAGUAGAUGUGGUUUAUCGAGAUAGUCCGUCUGAUGGGAAAAGAGUUGGUGUUAUUGUGUACCGCUUUGUAGGGAAGCAAUGCUCUACUACUACUAGUAGUAGUACUACUUUAGGGGGUAAUUUUUCCAAGCUAAAGUUGGAAAAUGAUGUUUGAAAAGAAGAAGAAAAAACUUUGGUCUUUUCAAAGUUUGUUCCUUUUGUUCCGUUGUUUUUUUUUUCUGAUAGGGAUGAGAAUCGAUCCCAGAAUCACCUGGAAUCUGAAAAGAAUUCUAACCAAUUGAAUUAUCUCUCACCCUCGCUUUAUGUUCAGUUGUAGUAGUAGUAGUAUGAUAGUGUUCCUCACUCAAUUGUAAACCCAGAAAUAGAGGGCACUUUUGUAUCCCUUUUGUUGCUAAAUUCUCCAACUUACUCACAAGGAUUGGAUUUUUUUCUCAAAUUUCUAUUUCAAAGAGUAGUUUUUCCAUUUUUAA